AUGACGCACCGUAAUCCUGGCCGCAGUGUUGCAGUGGAGAACAAUGAAUGGGAUGACACACCGUAUGCGCCAGACCCGUCAGCAGUCAAGGACAACUCCGAUCCUCUGGCCCUGUUGAGAAUGAAAAGCAGACAGUUAGAUCUUGUGCAGCGGCAGGCGCAGCGAGUCAUUUUGCACGUCGUCAGCCAGCAAUUCCGCCUAGUUACGGGCGUCAGCAAGCACGACAAAUGGCCGAAGUGGGGGGAAACGAUGCCGGGGAUGGCGGUCAACUUUGAGGCCCGAGUCGAUGAAUCUGUGAAUCCGGACCUGCUCGUGCGGGUGGCUGAGGUCUCUAUGCAACAGUUAAAGACUCAUCCGGUGAAAAGACUAACCUUUUCUGGUAACAAAUCCUUCCCGCACUCACCAGAACCACUCUGCCAUCCACGCGACGUGGAUGAACGCGCCAAACGUCAAAUUGACGUAUCAACUACUGCGCGAAUUGUAGUGCCGACGUACCUGGAAACCCACGGCAUCGAUCCGGGACCCCUAAUCAUGGCAGACUUCAUGUCCGAUGAAGCUAGUGGGCCCGAGGACGAUGAAAAUGAAGAAGCUGUUAUAGAAUGGCGGCGUCAGAUGGCUGAAAAGGCUGGGAUAACGGGCAAAACUGACGCACAGCUUGCCAGAAUGAGUGUAUUCGAGGUGAUCAAGCCGAACUGGAGAUCAGAUGAGUUAACAAAGAUCUACCGGGAACUAUGGGAGCUUUACAACAGCUCCCUGCCUUUGAAGUCACUCCGCAUGACGGUUGAACGUGUCCGUGACACUGGUCGUUCUAGCGACAAGAUCCCCAAUUACGCGCCAUACAACUUCGGAGUCAACAUACAUUGGUAUGAGAAGAUGCAAGAGACUCACAGCAGAUAUCUUGUCGACUGGCUGCAGCAUUCAGAUCCUGCCGGUUUUGGAGAGAACGCGGCUCCGACGGAAGAGAGCACUGCUGACGUUGUAGAGACGUGA